AUGCUCCACUCCAUCUUUUUCCACCGUCUCUUUGGAGUCGUGAAACCGACCAAUAUCGACUUUCUGGGCAUCACAUUUCCAGCUGUACGCGAUGCAGAAACCGAGAAUCUCGUCGAACUGGCAGUCGAUCACGUUCUACGCGCGCUCAACGCUGCGCCUGCUCCGCCGACCAUUGGUUCACGAAGACAGGCUGAACUAGAAGUUAUAUUCACGGAGAAGAGAACCAAAAAGGCAAACUGGUUCAAUAGUGGGGGCGAGGAGGAAGUGCCAUGGGAGACGUGGACGAUCAAGGUCACUCUCGAAAAUCCACAAGAUCGUGAGAUGCUGUACGAGGAACUCUCCAUGGCGUUAUCAAAGUCUGUCAUGUACAUGAUUGACUAUACGGCUAGCGAACGUGGACGAGCAGCCGUUCCUCUCAUUAGCACCGCUACAGGCAUCUCACCGUUUCCUAUUCAUAUUCGUGCAAAUGGACAGCCGGUCACAUAG